CGCGGCCGCUUCUCUUUCUCUCCAAGCGCGCGCGCGCCGCAGCCGCAAAAGCGCGAGCAAACGACGCGAGGCCGUUCGCGCGACCCAGGGCUGCUGCUGGCUCUCCGUCACGCCGCCCCGGCCGUGAUCCGCUUGGCCCUACUCGCUGGGCACACGCAACAAACUCGCAGUCACAGGGGGUGCCGUAGACCCUCCUCACUCCCCCCAGUCGACACUCUACCGCUGCCCCAGCUGCCCACCGUCACCGUGUGCGGCGCCACCUCGUUGGACGAGCGAGCUUCUUCCGCCCCGCCCCGCCCCGAUCGAUCGACCACCGAAUCCCGCCGCGGCCAUGUCGUCGGCGGCCGUGUCGUCCGCUUCCUCCACCUUCUUCCUCGCGCUCGCCUCCUCGGCCUCCCCGGGGGGACGCAGGCGGGCAAGGGUCGGCUCGCCGCCGUUCCACACCGGCGCCGGUCCGAAUUUCGCGUUCUGGCGGGCGCCGCCGCGCGUGCCCCGUGACGCGGCGCUGGUGCGCGCGGAGGCCGAAGGCGGGGGCAAGGACGCGCCGCCGGAGAGGAGUGGCGACGCCGCCGCCGCCGCCGCCAGCAGGUUGCCCCGCGCCGCUCGGCGCAAGGCGGUCUCCAAACGGAGGGAUCCUCUUCAGCCGGUCGGCCGUUACGGCUCAUCCGGAACGGGGAACACGGCCAGGAGCGGCGCCGCGACCGCGUCCACCCAGAACGCCGCGUUGGCGGCCGUUGAGAUCAAGUCCAUCGUCGCCGCGCCGCCGACGAGCAUAGUGAAGUUCCCAGCCCCGGGAUACAGGGUGAUCCUUCCCUCUGGGGACAUAGCGCCGGAGACUGUCGUCCCAGCCCCGAAGCCACUGCCACUGCAUGGAUCGCCUGGGGCGAACUCCGUGCGGCCGGCUUCCAUUCCCGAUCCUGACACCCAUGGUGAUGUUGAACUUGCUGAAAAGAAACCUGCACAGGUUGAUGGAGAUUAUUCAAAUGGGGUUGCACCUCCUCCAGCUGAGCCAGUAGUACAGGAGGCCACUUGGGAUUUCAAGAAAUACAUCGGUUUUGAGGAGCCUGUGGAAGCCAAGGAUGAUUCCGGGGUUGCUGCAGAUGGUGCUGAUUCUUUUGAACACUACGAGAACAAUGAUUCUGGGCCUUUGGCCGGGGAGAAUGUCAUGAACGUCAUCGUGGUGGCUGCUGAAUGUUCUCCAUGGUGCAAAACAGGUGGCCUUGGAGAUGUUGUGGGAGCUUUACCCAAGGCUUUAGCGAGAAGAGGACAUCGUGUUAUGGUUGUGGUUCCAAGGUAUGGGGACUAUGUGGAAGCCUUCGAUAUGGGAAUCCGGAAAUACUACAAAGCUGCAGGACAGGACUUGGAAGUGAACUAUUUCCAUGCAUUUAUCGAUGGAGUAGAUUUUGUGUUCAUUGAUGCACCUCUCUUCCGGCACCGUCAAAAUGACAUAUACGGGGGAAGUAGACAGGAAAUUUUGAAGCGCAUGAUUUUGUUCUGCAAGGUUGCUGUUGAGGUUCCUUGGCAUGUUCCAUGUGGCGGUGUGUGCUACGGAGAUGGAAAUUUGGUGUUCAUUGCCAAUGAUUGGCACACUGCACUCCUGCCUGUUUAUCUGAAGGCAUAUUACAGAGACCAUGGGUUAAUGCAGUACACUCGCUCCAUUCUUGUCAUACAUAACAUCGCUCACCAGGGUCGUGGUCCUGUAGCUGAAUUCCCGUACAUGGACUUGCCUGAACACUACCUCCAACAUUUCGAGCUGUACGACCCCGUCGGUGGUGAGCACGCCAACAUCUUUGCCGCGGGUCUGAAGAUGGCAGACCGGGUGGUGACGGUCAGCCGGGGCUACCUGUGGGAGCUGAAGACAGUGGAAGGUGGCUGGGGCCUCCACGACAUCAUCCGUUCCAACGACUGGAAGAUCAAUGGCAUCGUGAACGGCAUCGACCACCAGGAGUGGAACCCCAAGGUGGACGUGCACCUGCGGUCGGACGGGUACACCAACUACUCCCUCGAGACACUGGACGCCGGAAAGCGGCAGUGCAAGGCGGCCCUGCAGCGGGAGCUGGGCCUGGAAGUGCGCGACGACGUGCCGCUGCUCGGCUUCAUCGGGCGCCUGGACGGGCAGAAGGGCGUGGACAUCAUCGGGGACGCGAUGCCGUGGAUCGCGGGGCAGGACGUGCAGCUGGUGAUGCUGGGCACCGGGCGCGCCGACCUGGAGCGGAUGCUGCAGCACCUGGAGCGGGAGCACCCAAGCAAGGUGCGCGGGUGGGUGGGGUUCUCGGUGCCCAUGGCGCACCGCAUCACCGCGGGCGCCGACGUGCUGGUGAUGCCCUCCCGGUUCGAGCCAUGCGGGCUGAACCAGCUCUACGCCAUGGCGUACGGCACCGUCCCCGUGGUGCACGCCGUCGGCGGGCUCAGGGACACCGUGGCGCCGUUCGACCCGUUCGGCGACGCCGGGCUCGGCUGGACUUUCGACCGCGCCGAGGUCAACAAGCUGAUCGAGGCGCUCAGGCACUGCCUCGACACGUACCGGAACUACGGGGAGAGCUGGAAGAGCAUCCAGGCGCGCGGCAUGGCACAGGACCUCAGCUGGGACCACGCGGCGGAGCUCUACGAGGACGUCCUAGUCAAGGCCAAGUACCAGUGGUGAACCCUCCGGCCUCCGCAUCGCUCGAUAUGUCGAGAGCAACUUCUGCUCGUCGUGUGGUUUUACAAUUUUCGGUUUGAUCCAUUGUACAUUGCGCAUUCGACGGUCUCGGUGAAGAACUUCAUAUGCAGUGCCGCGCCGCUGGGGGUUGGUGCGUUGACAGAGGUGGCACUGGCAGCGUUUCUCGGGGAGAGACUGAGAGGUAGUAGUACUAUGUGAAUGUACUGAGCUGUAUGCUGUUGAGUUCCAACUGGAUUCAUACUUUGUAGCGCAGUAGUGGAGGUUGUAUUGAAGUAUGCAAUUUUUUUUUCUUUUUGAUAAGUGAAGGAUGCAAUUUUAGGUUUUUCAUUACUGAUGCUUGGAAUGCCAGCUCAAUAAAUGAA